CACGAGUCAAGUUUAGCAAUAAAGAAGUCAAACUGAAAAGAGGUGUGGGGGUGAGUAUCAUUUCCUAUUCCGUAUAUUAACCAGCCAUAAAAGUCAGCAGCCGGAAGAAGUCACCGGCGGGCGGCGGCGAAGCACAAGACGGCCGCAUCUGGCCGGGAAGUUAGUUACAGUGGUAGUACUUCUGUUCUUGGCGCAUCAACAUCAACCAAUUACCUCGCUGAAGCACAAAGGACCGACGACGAUGUCGAAGCUGACAGUUUUCCUAACGUUAGCGUGGGCACUGAGCCUUCUCUAUGGCGAGAUGUUCGCUUUCUGGAUUCCCUAUAUCUGGUCGUGUUCUUGGCCUCGCCCACCUUCCUCUAUGAGCAAAGUAGAUAAUCCUGGUGAUUAUGUAAACAUUGCUGUCCUUGCCGAUCCUCAGCUUAUGGACAAAACUUCCCUCCGCCUUGCUCCAAAAUCCUUGGCUCUAGAGAUGGCUCAAUUCUAUACAGAUUUGUUCAUGCGUAGGGCGUUCUUAUCAUCUAUUUUGCCAUUCAAACCAGAUGUCAUUUUGUUCUUGGGUGAUUAUUUUGAUGGUGGACCUUUCCUGACUGAUAAAGAAUGGUUGGAAUCCUGGAGCCGAUUCAAACAUAUAUUUAACCUGGAUAUGCUUCAGCAAACUACAAAUUUUAAAAUUUUCUACCUCGCAGGGAACCAUGAUGUUGGCUAUGCUGCCUUCCACUCGCGUAUGCCACAGGUUAUCAGACGCUAUGAGAAAGUAUUUGGUGUGAGGAAUUACCAUUUCACAAUUGGAGUUGUAAACUUUAUUGCUGUUGAUGCACAAACAUUGGACGGGAAGCCCCAAGGAAUAGAGACUGCUACCACAUGGAAUUUUCUUAAACAAGUCUCCAAGAAUAUUACGUCAAGGCCUAGUGUUCUGUUAACUCAUAUCCCACUUUAUAGACCAGAUUGGACUUCAUGUGGUCCUUAUCGUGCAUCACCAAUUAUUAAUCAGAGGAUUAACCGCGAUGACCAUGAUAAGGAGAUAUUGUACCAAAACUAUGUGACUGAAGAACAUACAAAUCACUUGCUGGAGUUGAUCAAACCUGCAUUAAUCCUUUCUGGGCAUGACCAUGAUCAAUGUACAAUAGUACACACAACGAAGCAUGGUGCUGUAAAAGAGCACUCUUUAGGGACUAUAAGUUGGCAGCAAGGAAAUUUGUUUCCCUCUUUCAUGUUGUUAUCUGCUAGUAAUCUUACCUUAUCAGAUGGAUCUCAACCCGCAGAUGCCUUCUCCACUAGAGUCUGCUUUCUCCCUGCUCAAACACACAUUUAUAUAUGGUAUCUUCUGAUGUUAAUCUUGACAGUUCUUGUCCUCUUCUGGCCCACAAAUGGAUUUCCUUUGCUGCAUAAAUGCAUGAGAAGUCUAAUUAGUUCGAGUAUAUUUGAAGGGGUGAAAGAAAAAAAUGACGAUGAUUUUUGUGAGUAUGAGGAGGUUUGGGAUGUCGAAGGGUCAAUGCAUCUCAUAAGGAAAAUCUCUAAGGCUUCACCUCCUACACACUCAAGUCACUCAUCUAUGGAAAGGGGAAAUGCUGUCAUGCGCUCAGCUGCUAGAAAACAUAGUAAUGUCCAAGAGGGAGACAUCUCGAUGCCUCUGGAAGUUGAGGGCGCAAGAUUACCAUCUCGGGCAAACAUAUCAAAGAUGAAGUUGGUGAUCAGAAGAUUGCUGAGGGUAUUUCGUGUCCUCUCUGUGGUAGCCGCCUUUAAUGUCCCGCUAUACAUGAUGCUGCUGUUCAAAGACUGGAUCGACAAAUGAUACGACGAUGCUGGAAUGAGUUGGCCAACUCUUUCUUGAGCAGAAAAAAGUACGUAUAGACGAGGGAAGUUUGAACAAUCUUCCAGAGUGAAUGCCCGCUCUUGUUGUUAUUGUGAUUGUUCUCAUGGUUUAAUUUGCAAGUGUCUGUAGUGACAAUCCAACCAGAAUUUUAUGUAAAAGAGGCCAUAAUGAUUUCUUUAAGCCUUAUUUAUUUAUGAACCCGUGAAGGCAUGCCACCACUCAUCAUGAAUCCAAUAUGGUUGGGUCAUCUCAUCCCCUGAAUCCAAUAUAACCUUAUUCUCGGCCUAAUACUCUAAUAGGGUAAAUUCUUUAGUGGACCUUAGACUGUAUGAA